GUGUUGUUUGAGCCUUGUCAGUCCUCACUCUCACUCAUUUUUUCUUUUUUUCCUCUGCGGUCUUUCUAUUGUCCAGCUUCUGUGCGGCUUUCUCUGUGGGUGAAGCGAGUUUUGGCGAUGGAGAAAGGAGGAAAGGGCGCUUCGCUGUUCAGCAAAGGGGGACUAGGAUCCCAAAAAGGGAAAGAUGACAGUGCAACAAAAUCAGCAAAGAAGAGGAUGGUUCAGUUUUCUUCUGAUGGUCCAUCAUUUGAAUCUGGAGUAAGCAGUAGUUCACUCCCUUCACAAAAAUCUGGUGGAAAAGGAGGAAAGGGAGACAAUGUUGCAAAUGGUGGAAAGAGUUCUCAGUCAAAAGACUCCCACUCAUCAGAUCACAGAGUUGAUCAAAAGCUUCCAGAAAAUAUCAAAUGCCUGAUAGACUGUGAGGCUGUGGAUAUUUUACAAGGAAUUCAAGAGCGGAUGGUCAUGUUAUCUAGAGAUUCAACUAUCAAAAUGCCUAUAUCCUUUGACAAGGGACUGCAAUAUGCCAAAAGCAGUACGAAGUAUACAGAUCUGCAUUCUAUUAGACGCAUUCUUGAUCCUCUUGCAAAAUGUGGUCUCACUGAUAGUGAGAUAUGUGUGAUUGGUAAUGUGUGCCCAGAAACUAUUGAUGAAGUUUUUGCUCUUCUCCCAUCCUUGAAGGAUAAGAGAAACAUUGACAGACAGGUUCUUAAGGAUUCACUGAGUCAGCUUGCUAAGUUUAGACAAUCAAUGUAAAGCCUCAUAUUGAAAGAGCUUAUUGUGCAGGUUUGGCGUGUAGGAGACAUGUAGCACAUUGGAAAACAGUUUUCAAAGUUACAUUGACACUAAUGUAAAACUUUAAUUCAUGAGUUAUAUUGGCUUUUAGAUUCUAGUCAUAUCCCACUUGGCUGUUCAGAGUUGUGGAUGACAAUUGGAUGAAUUUUGCAUGCACAAGACCAUGGUUGGAUCUUGUACAUGGUAAUGGUAUCAGGAAAACUUGGUGACAGCAAGAGGCGAUACAUGUGAUUAAAAAAAAAAUCUUGAUUAAGGAAUACACACUUUACAAGUGAGUUAUGCGCCCCAAACUACCUUGUGUACAUCAUACUCCGUUCUCGAAUUGGAGCGUUUAAAUUAUAGGAAAAUGGGUAAUGUUCACUCAUUUUGAUGUGGAUGGGUUGGAUAGAAGAGAGAUUACUAUUCCUUCUGUUCCAAAACUAUAUAUAUUUUACAAAUCCAAGGUUAAAUUCACAAUUUUCUUUUCAACUA